AUGAAUAUAUUCGAUGGCGAGUCUGAUGAGGAAAGCGCUUCUGACAGUGAUUCUGCCAUCAGUUAUCAGUCGGACAGUGAUGGAAAUUCAGAUGUAGAAAGUGACUGUCAGUCUCCUGCCAGAGAGCCCUGCAAGUUUUACAACAAUGGUCGCUGUCGGGAUGGUGACAAGUGCUCUUACUGGCACGUCUGCAAGUACGCACUGAAGGGAAACUGUCGCUACGGAUCCAAAUGUAAGCUGAACCACCCGAGAGAGACGAGCAACGGGGCUCCAGCCCGAUCAACCUCUAGAGAUGACGAAGAGGAGCAGACACAAGACUUGAAGCUUACAGAUGGCCGAUUCUACCAGUGGCAGCUGAACGAUGGAAAUGACUGGAUGGAUAUUAAUAACGAUCACGUUAUCGAGGCACAGUACUCACUGCCGCACACCAAAAGCAUUAAAAUCUACAACACACCAUACGGGGCGGUGAGUAUAGAUUUUAACAAGAUGAGAGUGUAUGGAAAGAGUCUGAGAGUGAGACGUUUGGACGAUGGAAACACUGAGUGGGUCUGGUACUGCACCUUGCGUCGUAAGUGGAACAAGUAUGGAGACAAGGAUUCAAAGGGUAACCCAAGUCCUGUGAAAAGCUCUGACAUCGAGAGGAAGUUUCAGAGUAACCCGACGAGUUCUUUUACUUACAACGUCGGUGCUGAGACCUUAGAGAUUAGAUUUAGAGAAAUGCGACAGGUGGGAAAAAACAGGAAGAGGAAAGUUACUCGUCGACCACUUUACCGGCAACAGCAAGCAUCAGCACAAGUUUCUCAAGCGGCUGCAGCUAUCCAAAACUUUUCUCUGGGCUCCAAACCACAGUGGCAGUUUGAGGGAGACAGCGGGGCAUGGCACAUAUUCAAACACAGGAGUGGCACUCGAACUGAAUGCUCGGUAACAAGUGAAGCUAUUGAGACGACGUACCAACAAAACCCCAGCGGCAGCAUGACCUUUAAGGUGAAUCGCCAUAGCUACAAGCUGGACUUUGGAGCGAUGACUCAAACCAACCAAAAAACCACACGUUCACGAAAGAUCAGACGUGUGCUAGUUUGAGCACAAAACGGGAUUUUGGAGACCUAAAGACGGAAGUCUGCAAACAGCUGUGCAAUACCGUACUUUAUACAAUCCAUUUUGAUUCAUUUUAGGUGUUUGGCUUUAGAGGUUUCUGACUUUUUUUUAAUGGGAAAUGAAAUUGUGUUUACAUUAGAAAGCAUUCCAGGAUAAGAAUAAAUUAUACUGACAACCGAAAGGAUUUUAUUAAUUUUUUUAAAUCGGGGAUUGUGUCAAAAAAAACUUAAAUGCUGCCUGAUGAACUUACAUUUAUGCAUUUGUGCUGUACCAAAACUGCCUUUUUACAAAACAGUUGUUUGACUUUCUGCACACUGCCGUACCAGAGGGUAUGCAAUUAUGCAAUUAUGCUUUAAAUUAAAAUGAACUCAUUUAAAGCAAUUUAAUGCGAAUUUAAGCCAUUUCUAAACAGCAAUACACUGCGUAUGCACAUUACCUUUGAGGUGUUUGACGUGACUCACUGUGACAGUCACAUUAUGUAACAAUAAAGAAAGUUCAUAUAGUUUCUUGCUCAGGAUUGGAAAGUUUAUUAUGCUUCAUAUUUGUAUUCUCAUUUAUACAUAUGUACAUUUUCUGUCAUGGAAAUUAAAAAUGAUUGCAAUUAAAA